AUGGGCCCCUGUACCGCCUCCUCAUGCUGCUGCCAGGCCCGUAAUCUGCCAUGGGCCCCUGUACCGCCUCCUCAUGCUGCUGCCAGGCCCGUAAUCUGCCAUGGGCCCCUGUACCGCCUCCUCAUGCUGCUGCCAGGUCCAGAGUCUCUCAUGGGUCCCUGUACGGCCUCCCAUUGCUGCUGUCUCCAUCGCCACACUCUGCCAUGUGCCACUUUCAGGUCUCCUCACACUGCUGGUGUGUUCAUUUUUUGUCAUAGGGUGCUGGCAGAUUACGGGCCUCCCAUUGCUGCUGCCAGGCCCGUAAUCUGCCAUGGGCCCCUGUACCGCCUCCUCAUGCUGCUGCCAGGUCCAGAGUCUCUCAUGGGUCCCUGUACGGCCUCCCAUUGCUGCUGUCUCCAUCGCCACACUCUGCCUGCCAUGUGCCACUUUCAGGUCUCCUCACACUGCUGGUGUGUUCCAUUUUUUGUCAUAGGGUGC